AUGGAGACGGUCGUCCACCAACAGUUCCCCGGCUGGGUCUCCUAUGCCACCAUCAAUAGAGAAUGGCAAGACGUGAUAGAAAAGGAAAACUACCAGAAGCUCAACCUGGAAGUCCCCUGCCUCGACGAAUUGAACGUCGUGGUCCCAUCCCACAAGAGGCACUUGGUCAAGCACAUCUGGUUCGAAAUCGAACUCCCCAGAGAUGCCUGCUCCUGCUCUGCGAGAUGGAACCCUCCACCAUCCAACGCCAGCAAAAUCGUCAGCCAGGCCAUCAUGAAGCUCUUCACCACCCUCAGCGUCUGGGACCAAGGCAGCUUGACGUUGGAGCUCAACGUCUUCUCGCCCAGCGACUCCGGGCACUGGUUCAGGCCGCUGUAUUUUUCCGACGACCGCAUCGAGGGCGAUGAUGGUCCAGUGGUCAAUGAUCCCAAGCAUGGCUGGGUCGACGGCAAGCAAAUCUCGCCUGCACCGGAGGAGGUUGUGCGGCGGGCGUUUCAGCCCAUCGAGCUGGACACGAGCUUCGAGCGCGAGCCGCUCCCUUCAGUAAUCUGCGCGACGAGGUUUGUCAUUCGUCGACAGCUUCGAAGGUGUAUUUCGCCGGCUGGGCUGAGCGCCAUGCUCGAGGCACUGCCUUUGAUGGAGCACAUGGGCUAUGAACCAUGGGCAUUGCCUGAUGAUGCGAGUCUGGACAGGAGACGGGACCACGUCAAAGCUCUCCGUCAUGCAAUGCUACAGCAGCUUUCCAAGGCCGUCACCAGCCUGGUAGUAUUCCAAGACUCCCGCGACUUUUACAAAGUCCUACCGCCACAGCAACCGUCCAAGGAUACCAUCAACACCAUGGCCAUCAGGGACGGCCUCGGUGACAUCUUUGCCAGGAAGAGCCUCCGCCUGAAGCACCUCGCCGUUUCAUUCAUGGCCGACGCCAAGGAUGUGUUGCGCCACUGCAGGCCGGCAUGGACGUGGCCGCAGCUGAAGAGCGUGGCGCUCACCUCGCAGCUGCUGAGAGACCACCCAGACGCGGACGAGGACACUCGGAGCAGGAUCGAGGACUUGCUAUGCAGGGCUGCGGCUCUAGCGAAGCACAUGCCCGAGCUGGACACGCUGGUGCUCUGGAACGGCGCAAAGGGCCACGCCGGCGCCUUCAUCUGUCGCGUCAGGGGGUGCCGCGUGUCCAUCACUUGGCGCGGGACGUGGCGUCUGGAGAUGAGCCCAAGAGUGGUUGAGGCGUGGAAUUCCGUGGCCUCGACACGAUCCUGGCACGAGACUGAGAUACACCAGGAGCGUGUCUUGGGCGCCGUCAACUGCGUUGGCGAUGCCAUCCACCACUUGAGACUCCCCUGCCAGGUUGUCGAGCCUGCGUCUCUGUGGCAGAUGCGCAGGGAGGGAAACUUGGUGCCGUGA